CUCGCUCAUGCGCACUGGGCACCCGGCUGUCAUGCCGAGUGCCAUUACAGAAGCCGGGAAGACAGCGCGCGGCUGGAUAGAGGAACAGGUAAGAUGAAAGAACAACUCCGCGGAAGUACCCGCUCCCCCCCCUCCCCAAAGGUCAGCAGUCAUCCCCUGUACUAUCCAGUCUCUGGUCAUCCCUGUGCUGUGUCCGCAGUCUCUGGUCAUCUCCUGUACUGUGUCCGCAGUCUCUGGUCAUCUCCUGUACUGUGUCCGCAGUCUCUGGUCAUCCCCUGAACUGUGUCCGCAGUCUCUGGUCAUCUCCUGUACUAUGUCUGCAGUCCAUUAGUUCAGAAUUUUUUUUUCCUGUUUUCUGCCUCUAAAACCUAG